UCCAAGUCCAAAUCUCACGCGGGCAAAAAAAUAAAUUAAGUAGAAUAAAAAAAAAAUUGGUCUUUCUUAAUCGUUCUUCUCCUUCACUUCGACCGACGGCGAAGACCCCUCUCUGCUUACCGCACCUCCGCAAACCGCCGGUGAAGGCGCCAGUGCCGACUGCGUAUCCCACCACCGGAGACGGUACACCACCCAAGGUAUUGGUUAGGUCUUGUAAUCUAGAAAAUGCUUUCUGGUGUGAAAUUCAUUCCUCGUGACCAGGUGCAAGAUGAUAACUUGGAUUCUGUUUCCAAAGAUAGAAAAAAAUCAGAUAGUAGAAGGAAAAAGGAUAAAAGGAAAGGGAAGAGCUCUAGGAAUAUAUCUUCUGAUGAGGAUGAGCUUGAUAAGAUAAAAAAAGGAUCUAGAAAGAAGAAAUGGUAUUCGUCCGAUGAAAGUUCUUCGUCUUAUACAACUGAAAGUGAAAGUGACCGGGAUGAUAAGAAAGGGAGAAGGAAAGGGAAGAAGAAAAAGGGUGAUGGUUCGUCGGAUUAUUCCGGUGAAAGGUCAAAACGAAAGACGAGGUCAAGGAGUGGUAAAAAGGAAUAUACAUCGGAGGAAGGUUCAUCUUCUUCAGAUGGUAGUGAUGGUUCUUUGGGUCGCCAAGGGAAGCAUCGAAAGUCACGUACAAAAGAUGGGAGUAGAGAGAAUAAGAUCAAAGGUGAAGCUACUGACAUGGCAGCCAAUUCUACAAGUGAGAAGGAUAUUGCAAGAAAAGAAAUGGGAUUGGAUUGGAUGCUUCGGUCUGAAAGUAAGAGGCCUACAGUUUCAGAAACAAAGGAGAUAUUGCCAGAGGAAGUUCCAGUUGAGGAGUCAAAGAAGGCAAAUCCUAGGGAAUUGAAUCCUUAUCUAAAGGACGAUGGAAGUGGUUACCCCGAAGAAAUUGACGAAGUUAAGGUUGGUGCAAGCCAACUUCUAUCGUCUUCCGUUGUUGGGGAUGGAGGAGCAAGUUGGAGACUUAAAGCUUUAAAGCGCGCACAAGAGCAAGCAGCUCGGGAAGGACGAAGCUUUCAAGAGGUUGUGGGAGAAAGGUGGGGUUCUCUUGGUGAGUUGACUGCAUCUGUUGCAUCAAAAGCAGCUGCCCCAGCUCGGGCUCAUCUACGUGCUAUAAAAAGUAGACAGAGAGGGGUAACUGAAGAAAAUUCACCAGAUUAUGAUAAGCCUAUCCAAAGGGAUUCUAAAAGGGACUACAUAAGAAAUGCUUCUCAUCGGCACCAUGAAAUGAAAGCACCUAAAGUGCAAGAUUCAUUGUCUUGGAGAAAGCGCAAAAACCAGUUUGUUGGAGCUGAGGGUGCUGAGAUCAUCGCUGCAGCAGCAUCUAGCUUAAAUAAAUUUGCUAACGACGGAAGCUUUAUGCGUGAGUUAGUCAGUAGGGAGAGUGGUAACUCUGAUGGUUCUGUUUUGGAAAGUUUUGAAGCGGAAAAGGUUUUUUCAGAUGUAAACACACCAGGCGAAACAAAUACAGUUGUACAGAAUAAGAUGAGUGCAAACCAGUUGGCAGCUAAGGCUAUGCAACUUCGUUUGAAAGGAAAGAAUGAAGAAGCUGAUAAACUAAUGGAAGAAGCAAAGGUUUUAAACACAAUACAAGGAAAUCAAGAUCAUGCAAUUAGAUCAAAAACGGAGGAAAGUUCUAAAAGGUAUGCUAUGCAGAGGAUAUCUGCUGAGCAGAAGAAAGGAGAGGAUGAUGCUGAUAUGCAUCUUGCUCGCAAUAUAAUGCAGAACAAGCAGUUUAAAGUUUCUACUCGGGCAGACGAUGAAUAUGACUUUGAAGAUGGUCCAAGCAGAAAGAGUAGAAAGAAACAAGGGGGUGAAGACCCUAAGAAUAUCCAAAAAAAGACAAAUGCAAAUCGAUUCUUGACCCAGAAAGAACGUUGCCUCUUUUGUCUAGAGAAUCCAAAUCGGCCUAUGCAUCUUGUGGUGUCUAUUGCAAAUUUCACAUAUCUUAUGUUGCCACAGCGGCAGCCCUUGGUACCCGGUCAUUGCUGUAUUCUACCCAUUCACCAUGAAUCAGCUACGAGAACCGUGGAGGAUAAUGUGUGGGUAGAAAUUAGAAAUUUCAAAAAAUGUCUUAUUAUGAUGUUUGCAAAGCAAGAUAAGGAAGCGGUGUUUCUUGAAACUGUGAUGGGAUUGGCUCAGCAACGGCGCCAUUGUAUGAUUGAGUGCAUUCCCUUACCCAAAGAUAUUGCUAAAGAGGCUCCUUUAUACUUUAAAAAGGCAAUUGAUGAAGCAGAAGAUGAGUGGAGCCAGCACAAUGCUAAAAGACUCAUUGAUACAAGUGAAAAAGGGUUGCGCAACUCCAUUCCCAAGGACUUCCCAUAUUUUCAUGUAGAAUUUGGUCUAAACAAAGGUUUUGUCCAUGUUAUCGAUGAUGAAAAGCAGUUUAAGAGUAAUCUUGGCUUGAAUGUCAUUAGAGGCAUGCUGCAUUUGGCUGAGGAAGACAUGUAUAGACGUCAAAGGUACGAGGCAGUGGAGGUGCAAAAGCAAGCUGUUUCCAGUUUCUCCAAAGAUUGGGGACAUUUUGACUGGACAAAGCAGCUACAUGAAACAUAACAACACAUUAUACAGAUUUGGCUACAUUGACAUCUUACGAAUUAUCCUUUUUCCAAUAGAAACAAAUCAUUGUAACUGAUCGCCAAGAGAUAGCAGUUUCUCCACAUGUAAUGUAAGGUAGUGAUAUAACCUGUUCAUGCUCGGGCUUUAUGAAAAUGAGGAAAUAUCCAAAAUCAGUAAGCUCUCGUAUUAAAAAGUUCUAAUGCUAUAAGCAUUUCAUAUAAGCUGUUUAUACAAAUGGACCCAUAGUCUAUUUAUUUGUGCUCAAAAUUUGGAAAUAAUAUUAAAAAAUUAUUCCACAA